CAACCUUCCGUACAUUUUUCCACACACCGUAGGCUGGUUCACACGAUCUAAACAUACGGAUCAUUCGCCAGGUAGUUGCUUUAAGAAAAACAAACGAUUGAGUUUACGUCGUUGAGUCAUCAACGAAUACGGAGCUGAACUUCUGCAUGGCAGGAGUCUGUCUGAGACAGGACACUGAGACAACACUACCAGAGCUCACUGAGCAGCACAGGAUCAGACAGAAAGAAGAGGAACUCAGUGGACUACAGUUUGUCCACAUGGCAGAGUCAGAGACAGAAUGUGCUGCAGCAGGACUCAACACACUGGAGCCAGAGUGUGUUACAGCACACAGUGGGGUCAGUGAUGUACAUCACACACACUCAUCACUGAUUAAAACAGAAACUGAUCUGGGCUCCACCCACAUGGGAGAUCUUAAGACAGAGACCCUCGACAGUACAGAGCUGGGAUCUGUAACCCAUCUGCAUCCUGACCAAAUCAAAACGGAGACUGAUGAUGGAGGAUGCCUAAAGGCAGAACACAUCAGUGACUUGCUCAAUAUUGAAUGUGUUGAUGUUCAAUUUGAUCAAAUGAAGUGUGAUUCCAGUGAAAGUUUAGUGAGUGAUCUCAUGAAUUGUGUUGAUCACACAGUCCAAACUGAACCAUGGCAAUGUUCGAGAGAGCAAAAUGCAAACCCUAAAAAUGAAGAAAUUCACCACCCAAACCUUUUGAAUUUCUUUCAAAAUAAGACUAUUUAUAGCAACAAAGGUGAAAUUUAUACAGGUGAAAAACCCUACAAGUGCCCGCAGUGUGAGAAGUGUUUUAAUUGGAAAUCUGCUUUAAUUAGACACCUGAGAAUUCAUACAGGUGAAAAGCCCUACAAAUGUAUUCAGUGUGGGAAGUCCUUUAACAUGGUAUUUAAUUUAAAUGUCCACAAGAGAAUUCACACAGGUGAAAAGCCCUACAAAUGUAUUAAAUGUGGGAAGUCUUUUUCUCAAAGGUCUCAGUUAAAUAACCACCUGAGUGCUCAUACAGGUGAGAAGCUGUACAAGUGUACUCAGUGUGAAGCAUGUUUUCGCACAAAAUACAUUUUAAAUAGACAUCUUAGGAUUCAUAAAGGUGAAAAGCCAUACAAGUGUACACAGUGUGACAAGUGUUUUCAUGUGAAUUCUGCUUUAACUGUACACAUGAGAAUUCAUACAGAUGAAAAGCCAUACAAGUGUACACUCUGUGAGAAGUAUUUUAAAACAAUAUCUUGUUUAGCGGCACACCUGAGAAGUCAUGCAGGUGAAAAGCACUACCAGUGUUUUCAGUGUGGAAAAUGCUUUUCUAAAUCAUCUCAUUUAAAUACCCAUCAGAGAGUUCAUACAGGUGAAAAGCCCUACAAAUGUUCUCAUUGUGGAAAGUGUUUUUCCACAACAUAUGAAUUAAAUGUCCACCAGAUAAUUCACACAGGUGAAAGGCCUUACAAAUGUGCUCAGUGUGGGAAGUGCUUUUCUCGAAGAAGUGCCUUAAAUCUCCACAAAAUGAUUCAUACAGGUGAAAAGCCCAACCAGUGUCCUCAAUGUGGGAAGUGUUUUCUUUCAAAAAUUUACUUAAAAAAGCAUCAGAUAAUUCAUACAGGUGAAAAGCCAUACAAAUGCACACAGUGUGGGAAGCAUUAUUUUACAAAAUCAAAUUUAAAUUUCCACCAGAAAAUUCAUUUAGGUGAAAAGCCCCACAAAUGUACUCACUGUGGGAAGUGUUUUUCCCAAAUAAGUGGUUUAAAUACCCAUAAGAUGAUUCAUACAGGUGAAAAGCCCAACCAGUGUCCUCAAUGUGGGAAAUGUUUUCUUUCAAAAUCUAAUUUAAAAAAACACCUGAGAAUUCAUACAGGAGAAAAGCCAUACAAAUGCACACAGUGUGGGAAGUGUUAUUGUACAAAAUUUAAUUUAAAUGUCCACCAGAAAAUUCAUUCAGGUGAGAAUCCCUGCAAAUGUUCUCAUUGUGGGAAGUGCUUUUCCAGAGUAUCUCAUUUAAAUGUCCAUCAGAGGGUUCAUACAGGUGAAAAACCCUACAAAUGUACUCACUGUGGGAAGUGUUUUUCCCAAAUAAGUAGUUUAAAUUGCCACAAGAUGAUUCAUACAGGUGAAAAGCCCAACAAAUGUCCACAGUGUGGGAAAGGUUUUAAUACAAAAUCUCUGUUAAAUAAGCACCAGACUAUUCAUACAGCUGAAAAGCCUUAUAAGUGUACACAGUGUGGGAAGUGUUUUGCUAUUAAACCUUAUUUAAAUAAACACCUGAGAAUUCAUAUGGGUGAAAAGCCAUAGAAAUGUUCUCAGUGUGAGAAGUAUUUUUCUUGGAAAAGUACUUGAAAUCUCCACAAAAUGAUUCAUGCAGAUUCAUUCAGCCACAAGUGCACACAAUGCGGGAAUAUAGUUUUGUUAUUUAACAAAAUCUAAUUUAAAUUAAUGUUCAUUGAGAAGAAUGAAAAGAACACUGAUAAUUUAUACAAAAAUCUCUUCAUGUUUUUGAACACUUGAAAGUCCUUGACAUUCAAAGCCCUUUACGUGUUCUCAUUGGACGGUUUGGCAUUCUGGUUGAUGUAAAUCCUUACAUUUUCACUAUAGUGUUUUCAUGUGAAAGUCUGUAUAUGUUUUCAUCAUAGAAAAAUUAAAAAUCCCAAAUCUGGUUAGUAGUAACACCAGAAAAUCCCGUCACAAACUAAAUUAGUAUAAUUCACGUGGGACGUUUGCUUAACAGUUUAACAGUUGUAGUGAAUUAAUUUUCUGAUCUGCAGUUCUGUAGUCAACCUGUCAGCCUAGUUCAGAAUAGCACAGUGUAUAGUUCUUACUGUGGUAUUUCUUGUGGAUCAUAUUUUGGACAAGCACCUGAAAAACGGCACAAUGACUGGGGCUAACUGGGAUCCCACUUCCCUUUUAUAUCAAGGACUUAUGAACAUUUUAUUCUUAAAACAAUUUCCCUUGUAUUCUUACGGCUGAUGUUUUCUGAUGAUGAAUUUUACACCAGUGUAAUUUGUAUGAAAGAAACAAUGUGAAAACAAUAAAACUAGAUAUACUGUAGAAAGAAGUAUGGUAAUGUGUGUUGCCAACUUGUAUUCUUGAUAGCAUUGGCCUCUUCAGUUAUUUUACUGCAAAUGUGGAGGCUGUAAUAUGUACCAGCUAAAGCUGAUGCUUCAGACUGUAUUAUCUCAGAUGAGUUGAGCAUCUUUGUUUUAUUCUUUAUUCUUUUUCUUUAUUAUUGUCGUGUGUAAAAUAAUUUUACAUUGUGAAUGUACACAUAUAAAGGUCUUCAUGCCAUGGAAACUUCUGUAUAAACUCUUAUGUCAUUUACUGUGCCACUGUUUUCUCAUUUACUUCACCUGUUUGUAAAUGUAGGUUAAAUCCUGAUGUAUGUAACUCAAAUCAUUAAAUAUGCUGUGCCCUCCAAAAGUA